CCGCCUCCUCCUCUCAGCUGUAGGUUCCCUCCCGGCAUGCUCUGCGUCCUGUAGUGACGUGUUCUCCCCCCCCCCCCGUACUCUCUAUUGUCAUCUCGAUACCGGCUGCGUUAACGGCCACUGGACGUGCGGUUCUUGUGAAGGAAGUCCUACAAUUUUCUGGAGCAUGUAGAUUCCAGCUGAUAGCAGAAGAUGCACUAUAGAUCCGUCACAGGAGUGAGCCAGAUUUAGUGCCGACGAACUACCCAAGACCCCUCUGAAAUGAGCACCAUAGAGCCGGACCCACCGGCGCAGGGAAAUGCGUCUGCGCCCGCAGCUCAGGACGAUGGCAUGACGUGGUGGUACCGCUUAUUGUGUCGGCUGGCCGGGGUGCUUGGGGGUAUAUCCUGUGCCGUUGCCGGCCUAUGGAGCUGCAUCACCGUCAACCCGUUGAACAUCGCUGCUGGAGUCUUCAUGAUGGUGAAUGCGCUGGUCCUGUUUCUAUGUGAGGCGCCGUUCUGCUGCCAGUUCAUUGAAUUUGCAAACACUGUGGCAGAGAAAGUGGAUAAGCUAAGACCCUGGCAGAAGGCUUUCUUCUAUUGCGGGAUGGCGCUGUUUCCCAUCUUCCUUAGCUUCACUAUAACCACCCUCUUUGGCAAUGCUAUCGCCUUUGCUACUGGAGUAUUGUAUGGAUUAGCUGCCCUGGGGAAAAAAGGGGACGCUGUCGCUUAUGCAAAACUCCAGCAGCAGAAGAAGCAGCCGGAUGAAGAGAAGCAGGUCGGGACAUAAGGAGAUCGCGGUCAGCUGAUAACUUUUCUCAGUUUUUAACAAUAUAUUUUUUUUUUUUCUUCGUUUUUUAACCCUAAUCUUGAAGUGCGUUUUUUAAAGACUAUGAAUCUGGGGGUUCCCACCAGUGCAGCCACGGUCCUUUCUUUGAGUGAUCGUCUUUUGUUCUAUAGAUUUUUAUGGUGACGUUUGACACAAUAGAGGUGGGGGAUCUGUUCUUUUAGGUCUUACUUUUAAGUCAUGAAUCACAAAAAAUCUGGUUCCCUGUUGCAAUCUUGAUUUCCUUAAGAUUAUACCCCAUCCGGAUGAAUUUUAUGCUGCAGCACCAUUUUCUCUGCAGUGAUUUUAAGGCGGAAAGAAACUGCAGUAGACAGCAAAAGCGUCAACUGGAUGGUUUAAAGGGACACUAACUGGAAGCUACCUGACCGGCUUGAAUGUUUUUGCGUCCGUAGGUAGGAAUGAUUUUUACACUAUAUACUGUAUAGGCUACUAACUUUACAAUGAGUGGCUUUUAAUUGGGGUUUAUGUCAUAGCUAAAGAAUGCGACCUCUGAAACCCCCUUUUGAUCCUGAGACCAUCAGUCACAUGUUAAAGGGGUACUCCGGUGGAUUUUUUAAUUUUUUUUAUUUUUAUUUUUUU